AUGGCGUGGAGACCAUCGCCGCCGUCUACUGCUGCUGCUGCUGGUCCAGACGCACGCGCCCCCAUGACUGCACACAACGUGCUCUUUCUCAUCUGUUUCGGCAUGUUCCUCAUGGCUACACUUUUGCCCGUGCUCAUGGAUUCACUUUACCGACUCCUUAUCCUGGUCAGUGCCGUGCUCGCAAUUGCAGCCGCAACGAAUCCGUCGGACCAUUCAUUUGCUCUCUGGAUCCACCAGCAGAACGAGCCCCGGGACUUGAUUCCAGAGGCGUCGGCUGUUGGCGUCUCCAAGUGGUUCUCAGCAGUGUAUAACACUGCAAAAGCUCUGGUCCGCAACGAACCGUUGACGUGGCGCUUUUACAAUGCGCUCGUCUUUAGUGUCGUCCACGUACCAUCAAGAGAGCGCUGGGCUUUUGGUCUCUUUGGAACGUGGCGCUGGGCUGAUGAAGCUGGUGCUUAUAUCACGGCUUUGUGCAGUUCACCCUGGGUCGUGAAGAUCGCGAGAGGUGGGACCAUGUCGAGUAUUGAAGAGUACGUGGUACGUGGUUCUGGCGUUCGUUUAGGUUCGAGUGCAGGGAGGAGGGACAAGGAUUUAUUAAGACGAAGAAAAGCGGAAGCGUCAAGUGGAUGUCCGACUAGUUUUGUGAACGAUGACGUAGCGACGACGUCGCAUCAACAGAUUCGAGCUGAAGCGAUGCACAUGAAAAUUAAAAAGGAUUGGAAAAAUGCUGCGGUGUUUUUCCUGGAGGCGGCAAAGGUUGCAGGAGCUUUGCUGAUUAGGGCGAACUAUGAGUUGGAAGCAGCGUGGUGUACGUUGGAGGAAGCAGCGACGUACCCGAACGACCAAAGUGACUUGGUGUGUAAGAUUAGAAGGUUGUGUGACGAGUUGGCUUCGGCUGGGUACUUUGAUGAAGCAGCGCGCGGAUUGUCUGAGUUGGCUCUGAGAUUGAAACGAAAGUUUCCUGCGGAUUGCAAAACGACUGAGCUUGCCAAGCAAGUGGCUGCAUUGUAUGUGCAAGCUAAGAAUGUCGCUGAAGCUGGUGGUAGCGUGCACAACGCUGCUGAAAAUGGUUUAUGGGCAGCACAGGUAUAUGCUGAUGCGAGUCUGUGGUCGUUUGCCGAGGAGUGUUUUGAGGCAGUUGGUGACAUUCGACGUGAAAAUGAGCAGUACGAACUUGCCAAUGAAGCGUACGGCAAUGCCGUUCUCUGUCGCAUUGGCCAGCUUGACAUGACUGGUGCGGAGAGUAUGCUUAAUCGAUUCACCGCGUUUAUGAACGACGCACUCCGGUCAACUGAUAUGGACUCCUUUCUAUCGAGCGUACUGAAAGCUUAUAACAAAUGGUCACAACACAUUCUUGAGGCAGCAGUAGAGCGCUACGGCUCGUCGCACCGACUGGCACCGUGGCAGCGUAAAUGUCUUGCCAAUUUGCAGGAAAAACUGGACAAUGCCGACUUGCGGUAA